AUGCGACAGUUCAAAAAAUUAGCCCAAGGGGCCUUUUUCCUUUUCUCUGCCCUCAUUGCCCUGGCGGUUUUCGGACUCCAUGUGAAGCUUCAUGGGGCCAACGACUGUGCCAUGACUUACAUGUGGCGGAUCUUGCAGUUUAUGGUUUUUUCUUGCUUUUCGGAAGGAGGAAACAAAGAAAGAUGCAGGAAAUUCCCUUGGAAGAGACAAAUAGUGUUGGUUACCGUUAUUCACUAAUCGUCUACAAUGAAGGAUGGCUAAAUCAAAAUAAAAGGUCUGUUUAGAACAUUUGGGUGCAAGGACAAGGGGGAGUUUUUCUUUUCGGAGGGUACGGUAUGUGGAAGUCCGCAGUUAGCGUGUUUGCACAUCCUUAGUUGUCAUUUCUUCGCGUUUUUUUAAAUUUUGAUCAAAAAUUUUAUCGAAAUGGAUGAAAAACUAUAGGAAUACAUCAACUGUACAUUUCUGACAUAUCAUAACAAAAAAAUAAAAAAAUAACUAUUUGAAGAAAAAAAAAAAAAUUAAAAACGGUAAAAACGGAAAAAGAAGGCCUUUCGUGCAAACACGCACAUGCCAAAUGGGACUUUCACCUACAGUACUUUCCGAAAAAAACGAAAAUCGCUCUUGUGGUAGCACAAAAAAAUUGAUGAAAAAAAUAGGUUCCUUUUCUUAGUUUUUCUGUUCGAAUAUCUAGGUUUUUAAAAUCAAUAUUUCUUAAGUUUUUUUCAAUUUUUCAUUUCAAUUAGAUUCAUUUUUCUCGUAGAAAUUUUUGAAAAAAAAUCCUGGUCGCAUUUGAAAAAAAGUCCAGGGGAUAAACACUUUCCUGUUUCAAAAAAAUCUCCAAACCCAUGGAACAACUGAUUUCAUAUUGGACAAUUUGCAAAUCAACCAACUUUUUUCAGUAAUUCCUUUUCCUAUCAAUAAUGAAGUCGAUUUUUAUUAUUUUAUUUUUUUGAUGAAAAUUUUUUUCGAUCUUUCCCAAAAAAAAUUUCGUCAGACUUCCGAGGCUGAAGAAAUUUGAUAAUUUUUAGUUUUUCCUUAAAUAUCAUAGCAGUUUUUUUCUGCUAGAACUUGGGAUGCUUUCAGAAAAAUUUUUUUGAGAAGGACAAAUUUAAACUUUUUUUCCAUAUUGAUUAAUAUUACUUUAUAUUUGAAAAAAAGGUCAGAUUUAGGGAUUUUUUUCGAUCAAAUUUUUUUCAAGUUUGUCCAGUUAAAAAAAUCGAAGUUUUUUUGAAUCCAAAAUGAGUUGUGACCAUCUCUUCGAGAACUUUAAACUGGCAGAGAAAAAUUAAUUUCAUUUAUUCAAAUUUUUUUUUAUAAACUGAGUUUUUCAGCGUAAUAACGAAAAAAAUGGUUCCUGUACUAUUUAUCCCAGGCAGCGGCGGAUCUUCCAGACAGGUUUCUAUUUUUUAAAACUUUGCCACGGUUCGAAACUCCUGGUCGCAUGGAGAAUGGCUCACAGUAUCGCGCUUGCGCAGCUACGGACCUCAGAGUGACUUGGCGUGGAUCAAAAAAGUCUGGGGAUUGGCUGAAAUUUUAUUUCGACUUAGAAACUUCAAAGAGGUCCCUAUGGGGGUGAUUUGAGAGCCCUUGAAAUUCGCUGUCAUACCUCCCUUAUAGGGGCAUUAAAGCCUGAAAAAGUGGCCCCUAUAGGAGACAUGCUAGCCGAUUAUUGACAGAAGCAUUUUAAUGCGAAAAACUCGAAUAAUGAGCAUGUUUUUCAAAUGAAAGACGUCACCAGAGGACUACAUAUAUAUAGGGACCACUUGAGCUUCAGAGGCUUGAAGAUGGGAGUCUAAACCCCUCUAGAAGCCACCUAAAUUUCACUCCUAUGAGUGCCACUUUUUUCCUUAGUAAGGACUGUUUUUUUUUUUCCUUAACCCCUAUAGGGACCACUCGCAGGUUUGUAAGGGAGCUUUGAAGUCCAUUCUUGAAUCUAGCUGAAAAAGUUGAGCCAUUUUAAAUACGAUCAGAAUAUUUCAAUUUGUGACGAUUGGAAUAAAGUUUUGAAUUUUUUUUUUCUUAAAAGAGUUUUUCCAGGUCCGUUCGAUGGCGACAAUUCUUCAAAACAAGACUGAAAUGCGGCACAAACCUUACGAAUUCCGAUGUUUCGCGCUGGAUUUUGACGAUGUUUGAUUGAAAAUGAAAAUUAUUACUUUUAAAUUCCGUUUUCAGCAAUUAUCUUUCGCGAGUGGAAGAUUGCUCGAAGCUCAACGAGAUUAUGCGAUCGACGCGGUGAUUAAAAUCAGGGAAAUGUUGGGCGAUGAGAGGAAGGUAAAAAAAAAACGAGAAGUAUUAUUCUAGAACUGAAAUGACAAUUAUAUUAAUAACGGAAAUUUUUUUCAAAGAUAAUUUUUUUGAAUUAUUGAACGAUUGAAAAAAAAUUUGCUUUUACAGUGAUUUUUUUGAAAAAGAUUCAUUUCUUGAAAGCCAUAGAAAAAUGAAAUGAAAAAAAUUUGUGACAAGCGCAAAUUUAUGAUUGCCCUGAAACUGGCUUCCACGAUUUCUAGCUUUCAAAUAAAAAAAGUUCAAUGAAAAAAAUUCAAAUAGAGAUUCCAAGCGCUAAUUUCUACUAGCUGAAAUUCUGAUGGGAGCCUGGAGAAUUUUUUUCGAACUAUUAAAAUAAAAUAAUUCUAUAGGAGAUUAUGAUAUAUUUAUGGCAAUGUCUAGAAAAAAGCGAAUAAAAACUCCAAAAAAUCGUUUUCCUGAAGAUUAUGAUUAACAAAAAAAAUUUGCAAGAAACGAAAAAAAAAAUCGAAAUUAGAUAGUUGUCCUGGCUCGCUCUUUGAGGAUGUGGUUGACUAGAGAUUAAUGAAAUUUUUGAUUGAAGUUUUUCGGAAGAAAUUUUGAGGACAAAGAAAUGUCUAGAUAAGUCGGAAAAUUGUUCUUUCUAACUGAAUAAUUUUGUUUAUGCGAUUGCUUAGAAUUAUAAUUUUUUCGCAAAAAUUUUCAACUACCAGAAACGCCAGAGUUAACCCUUUAGAGUUCUGACCCCUACGCGCCUUCAGUGACCCUUUUUGAAGAGGUAAGUAGCCCCUAGAGGGGUAACUUCAAGGAUUUCUAAGGUUGUCCCUAUAAGGGUCACACUGAAGUCCCUAACCAGGAAAUUUUCUGAGUUCACAGUGGGACUUCUGAAUGAGACUAGGUUCACAGAGAGAGUUUUUCACGCUGGUUUCAAAUCUGGUUUUAAAAACUGCCCUCGAAGCCUGUGAAAAAAGUUAGGGACUCUCAAAGUCGAAAACUAUCGUGUUUUCGAUUGAAUUCAUUUUUGGAGGGUUCAUAGUUCUUGUUUCCCUGGUCACGAAAAAAACCAUUAAUAAUAAUAAUUUAUUCAUCCACAAGGUGAAAAGUAUAGAUAAACCAUUCGAUUUUCUCAAACGUUUCUCGAGAUCAGAAUCAGGCUAAAAAUCUAUGCCUAGUGGUUUUGAUUUGAUCCGAAAUCCUCCUUGCCAAUUUAUCAUGAUAUCGUAAAACCGAAAUCGAUGAACAUACUCCGAAAUUGAAGCCAAGCUUCAGAUAAUCGUCCUGGCUCACUCUCUGGGAGGAGCCGUAACGAUGUCAAUGCUGAAUCAUCCUCGUUUCAAUCCAAGUUGGAUCGACCUCAUCAUCACUAAAGCGUCCCCUCUGAAUGAUCCUCGUUUGUUAUUUUUCAGGAAUAAAUCAGAAAAAAGAUGCAUUUUAGCCAUGUACGUCGACCACAUGACCAGGACCUUCUACAACGAUUUCCACAAGUUUUACGACGCCGAAAAAGACGGAAAAUUGGCUCAUAUCGGUUUCGCUUCCUACAGUUCUGGACUGAAAGAUAUUCAAGUACCGGAUCGGCUGGCCGCUUUGGAUGGGGUGAAUUUGAGAGAAAAAGAAGGGAAAAUGCACUUUACAGCCAUCUUACAAUUUUUUUCAAAAAAAGCAGUUUCACUUUUUCGGCGAAAAAAAAUUUUUUUAAUAUGAAAUAACAUUAUUCUUGCUGGAGACUUCAGAAGUAAUCUUGAUUUGAUUUUUAAAGUGAAAAAAACUCCAGGAUAAUCCAAAAAUAUCAAAGAUUAUAAGAAGAAAAAAGAAAAAAAAAUAGCAGAUGAUAAUUUUGUUCAUUAAAAACAGUUGAUGAUUUUAAUUCCUGUUUCAGAUUCAUCACCGACCGGCUUGGGCGGUCCCUGGAUGUCCAGACACUGGGACGGAUCAUCUUUGCAUCUUGUGGUGCAAUUUGCUCGUUAGGUAAAGAGAAAGUAGGACUGUAGCAGAAAGUAAAAAACAACGUGACAAGUUUUCAAAUUAAGAUUCAUGGAUAACUUAAAAUAGGAGAAAAACAUUUCUGACUGAAGUUUUCGGCUUUAAUUUUUCUAAAUUUCACUUUUAACACAUAAACGUAUAUGAAAGCGUCUGAAGGUCUUUUCUAUAAUUUUAUAAAAAUUUCGAAUCAUGAAAAAAAAAACCUUCAAAGACCCUUUUAGGGACCACUUGAGCUUUGAGUAUCACUAUUAGCGGUAAAAAGGACAUCAUUUUUUUGGGUUUUUCUUUAAUUGUGCGAAACCAACGAAAAAAAAACACCUUGUUAACUUAUCAGAUAAAAUUAUUCAAAAUAUCUAUGUUUAUAUUUUCAUUUUUAUUUUCUUAACGUUGAUUUAUUGAUUUUUUCGCAUGGAAAUUCUUCUUCACAUAAAGUUCAUAACAAUAAUCGACUAUCAUGUUCCCUAUAGGGACUACUAAAAGAAACCUCUUUAGUUUUGCAAGCUUCAAUGGCCCCUUAAGGGACCACUCUGGAGUUCCUAAGACUCCCCUAUUUGUGUUCAUUUGUAAAAAAAAAACUUCCUCCAGGUUUUAAAACUCGAAAUCGUGAAUUUCAGACACGCUUCCCGUAUUAUCGUUCACUAUGCGGAUACGAAUUUUCCUCGAAACAGGACUGGAAGAGAAGUUGUCAAUGAGUUUUUCAGAGAAGAAGUUUGAAGAAAUCUCAUUUUUGAUCAAUCUUUUUCAUUUGAAGACCCACCAUCGAAUCGAAACCUUGUUUGGAAACGGAACCAGACGCGAUGACCUGCCUCGUUUGCAUGUUGGAACCGAACUUUCAACUUUGAUUGAGGUGAAAAAAAUGUCUUUUUUUAUAGUCCAUUCACCGCGGCUUUUCGCGUGUCUGCGUCUCUCUGUUCCAUCACCGAUGAGGUCAGAGAAACGCGAAAAUAGCGCGUCAACAAGAAAGGGUCGUCGAGAGACGAGAAGGGCGCAGAGAAAGAGAGCAGUUUCCAGUCGCGAAAAACGGGCUAUAUAUAAAUUUUUUGUGUAUUUUGAACUUUCCUUAUAACUGAAGUUACAGAAAAAGUUCGCCGAGUUUCAUUUCCAUCCGGAGCCGGCUUCAAUUGUAUAUGUCACUGUCAAAAGCUCCUGUGGUGAGUUUGAAAAUUAUUUUUUCUCCAGGAAAGGUUGAACUAUUUUUUAAAUUCAUGUGAAACGACGUCAUGCACAACAUAUCAGAAUUUCAGUGAAUUUUGAUCUUUUAGACGGAAGUUAUAGCCAAAAAACCAAAUAGGCAUAUAUUUAUGGCCACUACUGUAUAGCCGAGUUAAGGCUGGCUUGAGCCGUCGAAAAAUGGGUCCUGACACGGUAAAAAUGAGAGACUUUUUGGUUGUUGAGAGCGCAGACAGUUCCCACACCUUUCAGUGUCCUAAGCUGUCCGGGAAUCGGCUAUAAAUCGCGUCUCUGAAAAUAUAUUUAUGAAAAAGUUGUCGAAGACCUGAAUUUAGGGAAAAAGCUCUUAAAUUUUUAAAUUUUUAAGCUUUUGGUCGCAGUUAGAAUGGCUUUAAAAUUUUUAAGCUUCAGGAAGUUUGAGGAAAAUUAUAUUCCAUAACGUGAGCCAUCUUUAUAUUUCAACCGACCAGAAACAACUUACGCGGAAAAGCAUCGUAAGCAAUCCAGUCAGUGACUGAGUGAAAAGUUUGCUGUAGUUUGGAAGCCGUACAAAAUCAGUGGAAAAGGAUUUCACACUAUUUUUCUGAGAGAAUUCGUCAAUUUCGACUUUUUCUGAUGUGACAUAAUUUUAUCAGAAGUCGAGAUUAUGUGAAAGAACGGAUUUUAUGUCAAACUGGGGUAAUUUUCAAGUUUUUAAAGUUUAAAAAGAAAAAUCAUUUUUCAUCUCAUCGCAAAAUUUUCUGAGCCAUUCCCUGUGCGACCAAUUUGUGUGAAAUUACUUGAGUCCUUUUUUUUUGAAUUUUUUUUUCUUUUUACAUUUCAUCAUAUUCUCAGAAGUUAUCCUCCUUCAAUGUAUAUUUUUCUGCUAAAAAUCUCAGCUUCCACCUUCCAACAGUCGAUUUCAGCCAAAUUCGUGAGCGUUCUCCACCCCAACCACCUUCUGCACAAGAAAAAGCUCGUGAAAGGAGAAGCCACGGUGUUCAUCUACCGCGCCGAGGUCAAGCAGGACGAAGAUCUGAGAAUCAUCGUCAGCGGACCGGAUAACUGCGAAUUUCGACUGGAAAUGAUCUCCAGUCCUUUUGCUCUCCUCUGGAGGUGGUAUGAGGUCGGAAACCUUUGAAAACUGAUUUUAAAUUUCUCAUUUCUCAGUUCCCAUUCUUGAAUCAGCACCUUCUCUUCACCAGUCUCAUGAUGUUCUUGCUCCGAUUUGCCGUCAUUGAGAAGCUUAUUGAGCUUGAUUUGUUCAGAAGAACGUCGGUUCUCACUUAUGGGUCAGUUUUGGGAAAAAAAAGCUUUUGAAAGAAAUUCCAAGAGCAAAAAAACUAAGAGAAAACACUUUUUUCGAAGUUUUUCUGAUUUUGAAACUUGAUUUGUCAAUUCAAUACGCAAAUUUCGGGAAAUAAAGAGGCAAUUAGAACGUCGAAAUCAGAAAAAUGCCGUAUUCUUUCGAAAUCGUGAUCUUUAGAAACUUUCUUUUGUAAAAAUCCAAAGUUACAAAAAAAUCGCAAAUUAGGUUGGUUUACAGUUUCAGCGCUACUAUUAUUUGAUACUCAAUAUUAAUAGCUACUUCUGGACCUUCAAUUGGAAUAUUUUAUUGGAAAAUGGUGUCUGCCUUAAUUUGAGAAAAAAAUUUUUUUAAAUAUGAAAAAAAUAGAAAAAAAUGAAGGAAAAGAGAGCUUUCGAAAGUUCAAUAAUAUUUUUUUAUUUUUGGUUUUUUUGAAAAAAAUCACACUUACAACUUUUUCAUAUUCUAAAGAAAAAAAUAUUCUAAAGAAAAAAAUUUUCAACUGUUAAAAUCUCAAAGAGAAUAAAAUUAUCAAGCUCUUGAGAUUUGAAAACAAGCGACAAUGAAAAAAACCUUCAGAAAAAGACCGACUUAUUCAGCAACAAAAAAUAAAAAUUUGAAAAAAAUUAAGUUAGCAAUGGAGCAAAUUUAACACACUGUUUAAAGCUCAUUUUUAAAAGCGGCAACUUUUUCAAUGAUCCGAAAUACUUUUCAGAACCUUGACAUUGAUGCUUCUCGUCAUUUUUAAUUCAAAUCUCACGCCAAUCGCUCCAACCGUCGUCGGCCUCGUUAUCACGUAUCUGUACUGGAAUUUGGCCCACCUUCUUGUGAAUAUUAUCAACAGGUCGAAAAUGGUCCUGGAAUCAAAAAAAUACCAAGAAUUAUUCAGAUUUGCCCCCGGUUUGCUGCGAAAAUCGUUGAGAUUCAAAACGUCGUUUUUCAUCACGGCUGGACUGAUUUUAGGCGCCUUUUAUGGACCAUUUUUCCAUGUUGCCGUCAUUUUAGCUUUUUCUUGGGUAAGUACGAAGUUUGGGUGAUUUUUUGAAGUGUUUGAGAGAAAAAAUGACUUGAAGAUCAAUAAAAAUUAUUUUUUUUGUAGGCUAAUAGUUCCCUUUUUUCUUCUUUUUAUUCGAGUUAGAGUUCAUUUUUUCGACCUAAGAGUCUUCUGAACUUACGAUUUCUGAAUAAGAUUAAAAUAAUCUGAUAAGUUUUGUGAGAAAAUUCGUAAAAUAUUGAUGGACGCUUGGUUUAUUUUUCAAAAAUAUUUUACUUUUUUAUCAAUAAUUUUUUGACUCGCUGUUGGAUUUUUCGAUAAUCAAAAUGAUAAUAAUAUGGUUUGUUCACUGCCUUCCUUUUCUAGAUAAAAUAAAAAAAUAGGCAGAAGCUUUUUUGAAUACUGGGCUCACUUGGAUAUAUUUAAUUUUCAAGCGACACUUUUUUUUCAGUUUUCCGCAGUUUUUUAAUUCAGAGUUUUCGGCUUCUCCCUUUGAAAAGCGCUCAAAAAUAACAUUUUUCAUUUUUUAUGUUACAGUUUAUCCUUCCGCGUUCAAUAACCUUUUCAAUUACAGUACAACUUUCAGAAAAUUAACGCCCGGGCCUUCCUUCUCUGUGCUCUCAACGUGGUCCCGCUCAUUUCCGCCGUCCUUUAUGCCGGCUUCAAUCCUUUCGCCUAUUAUAGACCCUUAUUUUUCGUCCUCACCUGUGCCUAUAUUCUAAUUUAUCUCCUGACCAAAGAUCUCUCUUUCAACUUAUCUUCCAGACGAGUCCCCAAUACAGUUUCCAUCUCAUUAUUCCUCCUUUUGGCUUUAAGUUUCCUUUUCGAGAUCUGGCAGUUGCCCCUCGAAUUCUUGUCUCUUUUUACCUCCUUCACCGUGUUUUUAGUUCUCCGUCCACUUAAAGUGUCUAAUGAAAUCGAAAAAGAAAAAUAAUAACUUAACCUUUUAAUUAAUACUUGUACGAUUUUUCUGUGAUAAUAUUGGCCAGGCCACAAUUUCACUUGUCAAUUUUUUUCGUGUUUAAUGAAUUUUUCUAAUUUCGUGAGACUUUCUACUAUUCGGAAGCUUAUCCAUGAUUAUUUGUGAAAGAAGAACUUUGCAAAUUUUCGAAUUUUUUUUCAGGAAUCAUGAGCGACGAGAGUGACGUUGAUGUAAGUCUUUUCCCGAAGUUAAAAUGAUCAAAAGUUAUUUCGUAAGUCUCAGAAACGUUGACAUGGAAAUUUCACACAUUCGAAAAGAAAAACCUUUGUCUGCGCGUUUUUCUCAUGGUUUUUUUUUUCUGAGGGAACGUUCUGUAGAGACUUUGGACCCAUUUCUUUCAUCGUUUGAGACGUCUCGUCGUGUUUUUUGUCCGUUUCGAAAUGUUCAAUAUUGCGAGAUUUAUUGUGAGUUUUUCUUGAUUCUUUUAGGCUUAAUGAUUUUUAUAGUUUUCGAAAAUUCGAAAAAGUUAAAAUAUUCGUUGGUGUAGUUCACCAGCUCGAAAAAAAAUUUUUUUUCGCCUUCUUCUUUUAUAUAAUUUUCCACGUUCUUAUAAUACCUUCAAAAAUGUAUUUGAAUACAACUUCAGGGGAAAAGUCCGAAAGGCCUCGAAAAAAAAGAGUCUGGAGUUCUUUUUGAGUUCCCAAAAGGUAUCAAAAGUUUGAAUCUCCUUUUUUCACCGUUUUUUCUUUUCCUUCUUUUUUUCCUAAGAAUUACCUUCAUUGAGAAAAGUCAAUAAAUAAAGAGCCUUUGAGGCUUUUAAAGAUCUUUUUUAAGUCCUUCUGGACUUUCAGCUUUUUUUUCUGUUGCUGAAAUACUCAAAGUACUUGGAAAAAUUUUUCAUCAGUUUCUAGCUUUUCCACCAUUGGGUUUAUUUCAAUAUAAAUAUCCAUUUUUUUUUCUCUAUGAUUUUUGGGAAACGUUUAUACGUCGGCUGGAUCUCACCCCAGGGUGCGGUCUCCCCCCCUUCCAAAAAGUGCGGCCGAUCUCAUAAUCGGAGACUGGGAAAUUUUCGAUUUUUGAGGGUCCAUAACUUUUUUCACAGACCUAUAUGGUAGCUUCUGAGACCGGAUUUGGAUUCAGCAUGAAAAACUAUAUCUAGAAAACGUAGUCUCAUUCAGAAGUCCCACUGUGAGUUGAGACCAUUCCAUGGUCUGUACAUUUUCAAAUUUUUUUUCGCGCAAAAGGAUGUGGCGGGAUCCAGCAGAUGUAUUAAAACAUCAGCACGAGUUUCAGAAAAGACGCUAUGUCACAACCAAGAAACUCAAAACUUUUUGAAAAAUAAUCAUCAAGAACCUUCUUCGACUUGUUUCAAAUACAUUUCUCUUUGAUCCAGGACGAGAUGAGCGGUUCGACGGCGUUGGGCGAGGACGCGAAAAGGCACGCCCGGGCACAACACAACGCCCUGGAACGGAGACGACGCGACAAUAUCAAGGAUAUGUACACGUCUUUGAGGGACGCCGUGCCCGAAAUGAACAAUGAACGGGUGAGGACCGGAGCUGUUUCGCGGCUGGCUUAAGCCAUCGAUCAGGGUCCUGACACGAUAAAAAGAGAUAGCGCCUGGUUGGUGGAGAGCGCUGACAGGCCCUGAGUCUCAAGUAUCCAUUUUUCUCGGCUUGAAACUGCGCGGCAUUUGCAGUUUUUGUGCGAAGCGCUUGCGAUGCGUUUUGGUGCCAAUCCAAAAAUAAAUUAUUCGUUUCAGGGAUUUUUUUUAAGGGAAUUAUCUUCAUUUUUGCACUAGGAAAAAAGAAAAACAAGUUUCAUGACAUUUAUUUGAAGUAAGUUAUGAAUUUCUUGAAUUUCCUGAGAAAAAUUUCGAAUUGCCGCCGAAAACGCAUCGCUUGGCACUUGAACGUCAGUUGGCUGUUUCAAGUCUAGAUUAUGAAAACGAAUCGAUUUUUCAGAACUCAUUAAUCAUUGCAUCGAGCUCAAAAAAUAAUUUAUUCACAGGUGAGUAAGAAUCCCAACGAAAUAUAUAGAGGUAAAAAAUUCGUUGCGAGGUAAAUCGACCAGUAGUUUUUUAAAGAGUUAGGGUAAGGGUGAACUGAUAGUUGGAUGUAAGUUUAUUCCAAAUAGGAAUUGUUAUGAAGAAAAAGUUGUUAGAAAACUGGCCUUGAGAACGUAGGAAGUGGACUUCGCCUUAAAUUGGAUCUAAGGGCAAAAUUUUCGAAUUGAGGAAAGUGAUCAUGACCAGAGACAAUCUUGUGAAGAGUGAGGAGAUCAGAAAUAACUCGUCUAAUGUAAAGCGGGGUUUGCUGAAAUUGCUCUAGACGAUCUGAAUAGGUAUCAAAAGAUAGGUUCGACCUAAUGAAAGUUUUACGUUAAAAAAUUCAGAGUGAGGAUUCAAGCUUGUAGCAAAGGACAGAGUUAAGAGGUGGCUUGGAAACUUAAGAAAAAUAUUCCAAAAUAGGUCUUACGUAGGUGUUGAAAAUUUGAAACAGAAGAACCGGUGAUUUUGUACGAAAAAAAAAAUGCAGAAUUUGGUUGGAUCUACAAUAUUAUUGUUGUGCGGAGCAAGAGUUCGUUCCUCAUCGAUUAGAAUCGAGGAUAGACUGAACCUAGUCCAAAUUACAUCCAAAGAAAAUAUUCUUAACUGAGACGUACUUAAUAACUUUUUAGGUCCUUUUCAAAACUUUUUUUGUGGGAAAAGUUUUUUUUGAACAGAUAAAAAAGAGUUGAAACGACUAGAAAAUAUUUGAAAGAAUCUGAAAAAAAGCCUUUUUGGGUUGGAAAGAUAAAAAAAAGAAAAAUUUCUAGCCAUUCUCAAUUCGAAAUUUUUCACUCUCACUAUUCAGAUUUCGGGGUGUUUACUUUCGGAUUUAAGACUGAAGCUUCGUAGCCGAACGUUUUUUGUUUUAUUUCGGAUUCAUACGUUUAUACGUAUAAGGAUUUCUACGUUUUCAGGCUUCUCGAGCCGUGAUUUUGAAGCGGGCCAUCGAAACGAUCGAGGACAAGCAACAGGAAAGAGACACGCUCACGACGGAGCUGCAGAGCAUCGAGGAGAAGAAUCAGAAGCUGUUGGAAGAGGUCCCGAUUCAAAAAUAUGCUCAAUUUUUUUCGAAAAAGUAAAAUAAGAAACGUCAUAUUAGGGCUGAUGGUUUCAGUUGUAAAUCUCCUUCAAAAAAUUGAUUGCUGAGGUAUAUUCCGGUUUCUGGAAGUUUUCAUAAUUGAUAGCUUUUUUCUGGCUCCCAAUCAACUAAUCAAAAAUCCGAAAUCUUGAUUUCAUAGCUAGCUUAUCGAAAAUGUACAGGAGAAGCUCAAGAACUGAUUUUUAUCGGCUUUUUUGGACUUUCCUUCGUUUUUUUUUAGAAGAACCUAAUUUGAGACACUUUAGGAAACGUUUCUUACCUAAAUUCAUAGAUAGAAUAAGUUUUUGAGCUUUUCCCGCAUUUCAGAUUGGUAUUUGACCAUUUGCCUCAUUUUCAACGGGUUUCCGAGCUUUUUUCCGCAUUUUAGAAAGGUUUUGAAGCCGGUACCUCGUUUUGGAUAGGUUUUGAGCUUUUUCCUCAUUUUCUCGACAGGUUUUUGAAUUUUUUCUCGUAUUAGAAAGGUUUUUAAGCCUUCACCUCAUUUUGGACACGUUUUUGAAUGCUCUCCUAGGUCAACCUCAGCCAAACUUUGAAAUUUCAGAUCGAAAAGCUGAAAAAGAAGAAGCAGGAAAGUCAGACGGCAGUCCAACCUUCAGCUCUACCUCUAAUCCAGCCCAUUCCUCAAUCUUUUGCUCAUCCAAUCCUUCAUCCGAUCGCUCAACACCCAAUUCAACAACAGAAUCUGGUCCUCCCACAGUUCCUCCAACCCGCGACAAUAAGUUUAUCCCAAAAUGUAUCAAAGAAGAUUUGAUAUUUCCAGCCACGUCAACUACGACAUUCAGCACGAUCUCAACUGGAUUCUAA